AUGUCAGGGGCGUACAUCAGUCAUGGCUUCGGCGGCUGCGAGCUGAACGCAUGGUGCGGCGUGGGUUAUCGCAAGUAUUCGGAGCGCAACGGCCGGACUUUCCAAGUCGACACUGCUACGGACGAUGUAUCUUACACAAAGCCACUGUACCGGGAUGAGAUGCGCUUGAUGCCGCGAAAUAUCGAUGACGAAAAACUGUGUACGAUUGUCGACAAGUCCAACGUCUAG